GAGUGUGUCAUCAACAACUGUGGGGAAAAAGUCAGCAAUGUUUCGGCUUAUCAAGAAGAUUCUUACAUAUUUAGUGCAAUUAUAUACAUACAUGUAUGAGCUUUUAAUUAAAAGCUUUAGCUACAUUUAAGCAUCUUGCACUUUGAGCGUCAAUCCACUUUUUAAAUCCAAAGAUUGUCAUAGCUGCUAUGCCGAAACAUUAAAAUUACAUUAUGAAAACAAUAAAAAAAUCGGACUGAAAAACUGCAAAACACAACAAACGUUAUAAAAGAUGGGACGUGAUCGAUUAUUGCUCUACAAAUGUCAUUGGGAUGCUUGCAGAGAAACGAAAAAGAUUGGAUACUUGUGGUGGACACCGGCAGCAAAACCAACAUUAAAUACUCAACCAGAGAUAUCUUCGCCAGGCGCAGAAGGCGGUUUGCAACUGCAACCCUUAGUUUAUCAAAAACGUCGUUGCUAGCAAUACUUCCACUAGAGAAUAAGCAGCCCAUACAACAAAAUGAUCUUGGCUGCCCCAUCAGAGCGUUUACCAAUGGAGGAGAGUGCUUGCUGAUAGUGCUUAAUAGACUGGAUAGUACAAAGCUUAGAGUUCCCACCAAACAGUCAACCUUUUUAGAGCGCUUCAAACGAAUAAAAGAAGCAAAAUACACGGUUUUAUGUUGAAGAGGCAAUGGGCUUUGUGGGAGUUUGUACCACUAUCUCACAUUAACCAUACACAAAACUUGAGUAAUAAUCUUGAAUUUCUUCAUAAUUUAAAAUCUCAAAACUUGCCGCACCUUUCCUUAUAAAAAAAAGCCUCGUCCAUUUUUUAUCUUGUAGCAUAUCUUGAGCACAACUUUGCAGGCGAGUUUGGACUGAAAGUACAUAUUUAACAACCGAAAGGCAAAUGUGAAUUUUUUGCUCCAUUUUCGAUGUUUUGUUGGCAUGCGUCGAUAGAACGAAAAUAAAGUCAGAAAUAAAAUACAAUA